GUUCUGUUUUUUUUUUUCUUUUUUUGGGUAAUUUUGCCCCAGAAGUUUAUUAAAAUUGACAAGAAUCAUCUCUGAAGUGAAUUGAUAGUAGUAAGCCAAUUCAACGAGCUGCUAAAAGACCCAGUCAUUUCUUCAGUAUUUUGGUUCAAACGGAUUAUAUAAGUGGUUAAAGUAUUUCGUCUGGUGUUAUUUUCGUCUCUUCCCCCUCUCCUGUUGGUGUUCUUCAGCCAAAACUGUAAGAUAUGUUUGAUUUGUGUACUGAGUAGUUUCAAAUUACUGUUUAAAUAUUGCUGAAGUUUCGUGGCAGUUCUUUUUACCUUUAUUGAAAGUUUUAGUAAUUUUUGACUUCGGCUCUUUUCCUAUUACAAUGGGACAGCUUUUCUAAAUGAAGACAUUGAAAGAAUACAGAGUUUUUUUCCCUUUUCCCGUUUCUUUACUUGGGAGAGUAAGAUGUUCCGGUGUCACACCAGCAUGGUAGGAUUGAGAUAGCCAUUUGUCUCUGUGUAUGCUGAUGUGUAGAAGUAAGCUUCAGAUGUGAAGUUUUCUUUUUCUGCUUUCUGCACAUAAAUUGGAUAUUUCAUCUGGAGUGGAUAAGUACAACAGUGACAAAUACAUGGAAUAAUAAAGAAGACCUUGCUCUUGAAUCCAAGGAACUUGGCUAAUUCUGGAUAGAGCCAUAUGAAAACUUCAAAACAAAUAUGGGUAGCUGACUUCAAAUAACUCUAUGUCAAAUAGUCGUAGGUUAAGUAUCUUCAAAGAACUUGGAUAUUUCAGAGGAUACAAAAUAAAAAAACAAACUGGAAAACAUAAAGCUUAUAGAGAAAAAACCAGCACCUUCCUGUGCAGUCCUCUUGGAAUUUGGACUUGCCAUGAGGUGUUGAAGCCUUGUUUCACUGAGUUGGAGAGACUGGACCUAAAUGGCGCAGCAUGACUUUGCUCCAGCCUGGCUUAAUUUUCCUACUCCGCCAUCAUCAACAAAGUCAUCAUUGAAUUUUGAGAAGCAUUCUGAAAAUUUUUCAUGGACAGAAAAUCGUUAUGAUGUGAGUCGUUGACGACACAACUCUUCAGAUGGCUUUGAUUCUGGUAUUGGACGUCCUAACGGAGGUAAUUUUGGGAGGAAAGAAAAAAAUGGAUGGCGUACGCAUGGCAGAAAUGGUACAGAAAACAUAAAUCAUCGAGGGGGAUACCAUGGUGGAAAUUCCCGGUCUCGUAGCAGUCUUUUCCAUUCUGGAAAAAGCCAAGGACUACAUGAAAACAGCAUCCCUGACAAUGACACUGGGAGGAAAGAAGACAAGAGAGAACGCAGACAGUUUGAGGCUGAGGACUUUCCAUCUUUAAAUCCUGAAUAUGAGAGAGAACCAAAUCAGAAUAAAUCUUUAGCUGCGGGUGUAUGGGAAUAUCCCCCGAAUCCUAAAUCUAGAGCUCCAAGAAUGCUGGUUAUUAAGAAAGGUAAUACAAAAGGCUUACAGCUAUCUGGAUUCCCAGUAGCAGGAAACCUUCUGUCACAGCCAGUUAAGAAUGGAACUGGUCCGAGUGUUUAUAAAGGCUUAGUCCCCAAACCUGCUGUUCCACCUACAAAACCUACACAAUGGAAAAGCCAAACUAAAGAAAACAAAAUUGGGACUUCUUUUCCUCAUGAAUCUACAUAUGGUGUUGGCAACUUUAAUACUUUCAAGUCAACCGCCAAGAGUAUUAGUCCAUCAUCAAAUUCAGUGAAAGAGUGUAAUCGUUCAAAUUCUUCCUCGCCUGUUGACAAACUUAAUCAGCAGCCUCGUUUAACUAAACUGACACGAAUGUGCAGUGAUAAGAAGAGUGAGUUUUUGAAAGCAUUGAAAAGGGACGGAGUAGAAGAGGAACAUGAAGAUGAGAGCCAUGCUGGCUCAGAGAAGGAUGAUGACUCAUUUAAUUUGCAUAACAGCAAUAGUACUCACCAAGAAAGAGAUAUAAACAGAAACUUUGAUGAAAAUGAAAUUCCACAAGAGAAUGGCAAUGCUUCGGUGAUUUCUCAACAGAUCAUUCGUUCUUCAACCUUUCCACAAACUGAUGUUCUUUCCAGUUCACUUGAGGCAGAACACAGAUUAUUAAAGGAGAUAGGCUGGCAGGAAGACAGUGAAAAUGAUGAAACAUGUGCUCCCUUAACUGAGGAUGAAAUGAGAGAAUUCCAAGUUAUUAGUGAACAGUUACAGAAGAAUGGGCUGAGGAAAAAUGGUAUUUUGAAAAAUGGCCUGAUCUGUGACUUCAAGUUUGGACCCUGGAAAAACAGCACUUUCAAACCCACACUUGAGAAUGAUGACACAGAGACAAGUAGCAGUGACACGUCAGAUGACGACGAUGUGUGAAGGAUUUCCUAACAGCUUUAGACAUUUUAGUGUGAUCCAUCUCUCAUGCCGUUUGGGGUGAAUUGUAAAAAUGAAGAACUAUAAUUUAUGUAGUGAACUACCCCAUUAGAAGAUGAUUUUUUUGGGGGACUUCAAUAUGAAGAAAACCAAGAAUGUUGUGUUGGGCUGUGUUGAACAUUAUUUCUUUGUAAAUGAAUGUUGUAGAAAUGAGGACUUUGGUUGAUCCAACAUUGACUCUCUUCAUCACUGCAGCAUUUCUCUGACUAGCAAUGUGACGAUGUAACAAAUGAGAUUUUCUCAUUUAAUAAUAAAAAAUUGUGUAAUGUUUUGCAAA